AUGGCAGUGGGUGGCAUUUUGAGGCUUAACUUCGUUUGGCGGAGGAAUGGUAGUGGGUGGUUUUUUAUGCUCGCCUGCUUAUGGUGGAGGUGUGCGGUUGGUGAGGGUUCAGUGAGGAUGGAUUUGGGUGGCCGAGAGGGUCAGUUGCAGUGGGGGUUUCGACGUGAGGAUGAGGAGAAGAUCGGCGAGGUGCAGUUGAGAGAGGGACUGGCAGUGGCUAUUUGUGGCAGACGCUGGUGUGGGUGGGUGGAAAGAGGACGACGACGACGACGACGACGAUUUGGAUGGGCAACUGGACAGACACUACAGGGCACGGGCAACGAAGAAGAGUCGUAG